AUGGUGGAGCAGGGAGACGCGGCGCCGCUGCUGCGCUGGGCCGAGGGCCCCGCGGUCUCUGUGCCGCAGGACCCCGCGCUGCAGGCUGGAGGAUGGGUCCGGGGCGGCAGUGGGGGCGGCCGAGUGGCCGCGGAGGCUCCCCGAAGGCGGGAACCCGACGAGCCGGCUCCCCCCGAAGUGCUGCUGCAGCCGGGGCGCCUGGAGCUAGGCGACGUAGAGGAGGACCAGGUGGUGGCCGUGUUCGUGGUCACCUUCGAUCCUCGCUCGGGAAACAUGGUGGAAUGGUGCUUACCUCAAGAUAUUGACCUUGAAGGUGUCGAGUUCAAGUCUAUGGCCAGCGGGUCCCAUAAAGUUCAGUCUGAUUUCAUCUAUUUUCGGAAGGGCCCCUUCUUUGGCCUGGCCUGCUUUGCCAACAUGCCUGUGGAGAGCGAGCUGGAGCGUGGCGCUCGGAUGAAGUCUGUGGGCAUCCUCUCUCCAUCCUACACCCUGCUCUACCGCUACAUGCAGUUUUUAGAGAACCAGGUUCGACACCAGCUGGAGAUGCCGGGACAUUACUCUCAUCUGGCUGCAUUCUAUGAAGACAAGAAAGGGGUGCUCCAUGCUGGCCCCGGGAGGGGUGGCAGCUUGCCACCUGUCUACUGGUUGCCUUCCAUUCACCGCUACAUGUAUCCUGAGAUGAAGAUCACACACCCGGCUGGCUGCAUGUCUCAGUUUAUUAAGUUCUUUGGAGAACAGAUCCUCAUUCUUUGGAAGUUCGCCUUACUUCGAAAGCGCAUUCUGAUAUUUUCUCCCCCACCCGUGGGUGUCGUGUGCUAUAGAGUGUACUGUUGCUGUUGUCUGGCCAAUGUCUCCCUGCCUGGCAUUGGGGGCACCAUCCCUGAGUCGAAGCCUUUUUUCUAUGUGAACGUGGCUGACAUUGAGAGCCUGGAAGUUGAGGUGUCCUAUGUAGCCUGCACCACAGAGAAGAUAUUUGAGGAGAAGCGUGAGCUGUACGAUGUCUACGUGGAUAACCAGAAUGUAAAGACACACCAUGACCACCUGCAACCCCUGCUGAAGAUCAACAGUGCAGAUAGGGAGAAGUACCGUCGGCUCAAUGAGCAGAGGCAGAUGCUUCUGUACUCCCAGGAAGUUGAAGGAGACUACAACCCUUGUGAAGAGGACCUCUUUGUGCUGUUUUUCCUAGAACAAAACAACCGGAUUUUUCAGACUCUGUUGGAGGUGUCAGCCAGCCAAGACAAAACUCUAACAGCGGAGCAUGCCCGAGGCAUGGGACUGGAUCCCCAGGGAGACAGGAGCUUUCUCAUGGACCUGCUGGAGGCCUAUGGUAUUGACGUCAUGCUGGUCAUUGACAACCCCUGUUGUCCAUAGGAAGUGUAAUAGGACUGAUGGUGAGACACUCGUGUGUGGUGACAGGAGCCUGGAGUGCACCCCAGGCCCUCAGCAGCUUCAGUUUUAAUUAAGGUGACACUAAGGACUGUUUAUACUUUCCAACACGUGUAAUUUUUGCCAUUUUCUUUCUGUGCCUCAGCCCUGGGGCUGGGGUGAGACUGCCUAGGCUUUUGUAGCCUUUGGUUGGACGUGGGAAUCUACUGUCUUCCACUGCUGCUUCUUUGGGUUUAGUCUUAGGAGUUCUGUGAGUCAGAGUCAAACUCUGGGAUGAACUGUUCAGAAAACCUGUAUGUCUCCAUCCUUUGUUGCAUACGAGAAUAAGAUAACCAUGUGUCCUUGUGUGGCCUUAGAUGUUCAUCUGCCUACAAACAGAAACUAAUCAGAUGACCUUUCAAGGUCACUAAGUUCAAGGAGUCAAGUUGGGAUCACCUAUUGGUCAGAGGGCAAUUCUGCACUUUCUCGAUUUGCUGGAGUAGAGGGACCACAAAGAAGGAAAAAAAUGUUUCUGAUAGAAUGUCAGGGAAAGAAUCCUUGAAAUCUUCCCAAGUAAGGGAAUGGUAGCUAUGAGUUACAGUAUGCGCCCCACCGAUCCUCUUGGCCAAUGCUGAAGGGUGGUGCUGGCCCUAAGCUUACAAGCAAAGUCGUCUGACAUUGAGUCUCUUAAACUCUGAAUAUACUCUUGGACUAACAGGUUCAAACAGGUAAGGGAAGAAAUCUCCAGUUUCUCUUAAGAGCUCUGUGGAGGAAAGGUACGCAGCAGAUACUUCUGAUGAAUUCUGCAAUGUGGCCAGUGUCCACGCUGGUUGACUCAGGUUGCAAUGUGAUGUUAACAGGUCUCGUCACCAAUUUGAAACUCCCACAGAUGUCUCUUAAGCAGAGACAACAUUCCUUAGGCUAAGCAAUUGGAUCUACAGACCUAAGAGAUUUGACAGGGAAACUAUACCAGUGCCUCCCAUCCAAGAGAAUAGCUGGAAUUCCCAGACUAACAACCAUGCCUGCUUCUUUUGGUCUGUGAUCUCGGACUGCAGUCACUUUGUACUUUGGGGCUGGGAUACUUUGGACUCAUGGACUAUGUGGAAGGGCAGUUGUUAACCAUAUUCAGAAAGCCAUGUGAAUAGCUUUCAACAUUGAACCAGCCAUCAAACAUCCAUGUCUGUACCUGAAAAGCACCCAGGCUGAUGUCCACAGCAGAGAGGACUUCAGAAGGAGGGGCUGUGCCUCGUAACUCAGUUCUAGGUUCUUGAGGCUUAUUGCUUAGCUCAAGUAUUUUCACUGUACUCCUUGAUUUAAAAAAAAAAAAAAAAAAAAAAAAACAAGAGUGAAGAGGUUAGUCUGUAAAAAUGCAGAGACACUGAUGAGUCAGGGUAACAUCUUUUCUGUAAAUAUAUAAAUAAGUUUAGGCACUGACAUAAACUGUCCCAGCUAACUGAUUUUUUUCCUCUGCAAUGUGGGUCUAGCCAUCAUUCCAGUAACACAAUGUUUACAAAAAACCACAGCUGUGCUCAGUGGCAGAAGUUUCUCCUGCUUUGUCCUUAUGGCUACCUUCUCUUGACCCAGGGCUGAGCAGGGACUACCUGAUGCUGAUGGAGCAACAGUUCCAUUGGGCUCUAAAGCUCAAAGUCAGGGGUAGAUAGCCAGAGACAGGAGCAGGAGUAAAAGCAGGCUGCUGUUUCUGAGGGACUGGAGGACUCUCUUUAGAAUUCAGUUUCUUGAAGACCCCAUUUCUGAGAACCUCCCUAGAGCCUUCUGUAUGCCAACACUGUUUCCUGUGCUGUUGAGGCAGCAAGCUGAGAAUUUCUGAUGUAAAGGUAGCAAGGGUGAGAAAGGCUGUCCUUUGUUAACUUGGGCCUUUUGGUUUCUUUGUAACUGAGCAGCUGUGUUAGGUCUUAGGCUCUGGGCUUGCUAACCACCAGAGCAGAACUUCUUGUUUAAUAUCUCCUUCAGUCCUUCCCUACCUUGCCAGCUUCCUCAUAGGCCCAGAACCUGACACAGGCAUCUGUGUGGCUGACAGUGUGUUUGUCAGCACCCCUUGUACCUUUGCCCCAUUUAUCUGCUGCAGAGUACGUCUUGAGAAGUGAGCCCAGUCCAUGUCACUAUGAAGUCAUACCAGACUGCUCCCCCAGUGGCAGUUAGUUAGCAGAUGCAAGCCUGCAUAAUAUGCUGUGAGUGUCCUAUAAAAGGAAGAAGUUUGUGGAGAACUAUAUAGGAAUCCCUCUACAGUGAUGGCAGGAGCUAGCAGCCACAGGAUGUGCUCGCCUGUCACUCUUGAAAUACUUUCUGAAAAGGCUUUAUUUGGAAGAAGUUAAUUCAUAUCCUUCAUAGCUUUCUGACCGUUAGCAGAAACUGACGUUUUUUUCUUAACACUGGCCUCUAGGAAGAGGGCUAAAAACUCCGAUGUGGGUCCUGCCAUUCUGCUGGUGGCUCUCAUCAGACCCCUGCCUGAGCUGGCAGAGCCCUUCUGGAGAGCACUAAUCCCCAUCUGUACCAUGCUGGGAACCGUGUGCUAACCUGGAAGCACUUGCUGACUUGCAUUGCUGGCUAUUCAGUCAUUUUUAAGGUAGAAGACAUUUCCAAUGGCAACAGUCUUCAGAUUCCCUGAAACUGGGGUACUGGGUUUGUGGACACCCAUGUUAAGUACAACACACUGAGCAUAACAAAAGCCCCUUAAAGUGGAUGUGUUCAGUCUUGUCAGCAGAUGGUACUACUCUCAGCUAGUUGUUGCCUGGCUCAGGACUCUUUCCUCAGAAGCAGUAAAAAUAGCAGAGCUUAUCUCCUACCAGUCUAUAAAAGAAGGCCAAGUCAUUGCCUGGUAUUAGUGUUGGCUUUAAACAUGAAGCCUUCCCUAUGCUGGGCCUGGAUCCAGGCCAGUGUCGGUGUCCUACCUGGGGCCCAUAUGGUCCAGUCGGUUAGGAGUACAAUGUGACAGGAGGCAUCUGCCUCCCACACCUCCCACCCAUUCUGGCUUCUGAAGAGAAGCUGGUCUCAUUGCUGGGAUAGAAGUUAGGACAGGAACUUGAAACUGUAACUUACCUUGCUGGAAACCACGGAAAGGUCAGGGUGAUGCUCCGAUACAGUAGUGCCAGAUGCUUCAUGGGAAGGUUCGCUUACACAAUUACCUAAUAUGCUUUAGCUAGAUGAUAAAGGUAAAUUAAACCAUAGCUAAUUGCUGUCUUCGUUCUCACGGCAAGGAGGAUGGACCUCCUGUCUUGAGGCACUGAAAGCCCUAUUGAUGCUGGAAAGGUAAGACGGACUCAUCCUUCCACUGAAGCUUUAGGGGAGACUUCUCAAAGGGUUGUAGUGAAUUAGUUGGUGGCAAAAGCCAGCCUCUGAGAGAUGCAAGGACUUGGGAACUGUCUUUUCCCUUAAACUGCACAACCAGAGAGUGGGUUGAGAUGCUUUCUCCAAGUCCAGUGUGAUAGCCCUUGCAGAAGUAAUACAGGGUGUGGGUGAACAGAACUAUAAGAUAAUGCUGGGUCUCACAGUGAACAUGCCUUAUUAUUCGAAGAGCUUGAAAACUGACAGGAGCACCCAUGGGAAGUCUUCCCCUAGGCUUCCAGGCUGAUAGGCCACAAUUCUGAGAGAUGCCCAGCAUCCAUCUCUCCCUCAUAGCCCAUAGUUCUACCCAUGGUGAGGCUCCCGAAGGCCCAUAGGCUUAACUCAGCAGGCCCAGUUUCAUCCCUUUUCCUGAAAAUGCUUUUCAGUCAGGUAGGGGAAGGGGAGGAGUUAAGGGCUCCUUUUUACCCAAGUCAUGGGCUUUGACUAUUCCACUUUAUUGCUAAUAUACCUCUGUUCCCAGGAGCUACUGAAGUACUCAGUGUUGUGGGGAAAAGACAGUGAGUAAAGGUAAUGCUUUUCCUAUGAGAAAUGGAAGUUUAUUUUUAUACCAGUGUUACUGAGUAGUGAAUUAAGUACCGAAGCGUUGAAAUGGAAAGGAAUUGCAAAGUUAUCACCUAAAAAGCAACGGGCAGCUUUGUAGUUUAAUAGCAGCGGAGGCUCUUAGACAUGUCACUGUCCGUGGUAGUGUGAAGCCUUAACACACACCCUCUGCUGCAUUAUUCCAGCAGCUUUACAGGAAGUAAAGUCAACUGGCCUGGCAAGGAUGAGAGGGACAGUGACCUUGGGCAAAGCUCUGGAACAGAAGAGCAUAAAUAGCCUUUCAGUGACUCUCCCCUCUUGGUCAAGGGAGAGAGCGGGGAAUGGGAGGUAGUCUACUAUCUGGCACUUUAAUUCAUUUUAAGUCCUGGAAGUUGUGUGAUACUGUAAAUUCGGAAAAGGAAUAGGACUUUUCUGGUGCUAUGUAGAAAAACGAAGGUGGGAUAAAUAAGACUCCUUUUGGAGCUUGUUCUAGAAUGUCAGCGUGGUGCUAGCUCUCAGAACCAUGUUGACUUAAAUUCUGACAGGUUUACAGCAGAGGAUUUGUUCACUUUUGCAGCAGGUGCCUGUUUUGUCUGGCGAGUUUACUUUGCUUCCUAAUGAUCCUGGGGCUCACUGGGGCAGGGCAGGGUUUUAUAAAUGUGCUUAGAUGAAACUGCAAAGUGAAAAGCCCAUACAGAGCAAAUACAUAUAUAUACAAAAUUGACAUUGUAUCUGGGUAAAUUAAGCAAAGAUAUAUAAAAAAAGUCAGGCAAACCCAAAGUUCACUUUCCUUGCCCAUCAGAAAUACCUUCAGCCAUGAGAAAUGGAGGAUUCUGUCCUCCUGAACUGUCUGCAUAACUGGCUGCCAGGCUUUGGGACGGGGAAACGAACCAACUUCAUUUGCCGGAAACUUGGAUAAAUUUUUGUGUAAGUCUGGAAUAUAAUCCUUCCUGAAAAAGAAAUCAUGGUAAACAAGGAAAUAUGUUUUCCUAGGUUGUUUUUUUUUUUUUUAAACAUAGUGUUCCUGUUGCCUUAAGUGUAAAAGCCUAUUUUGAGUAAUAACCCCAGCCUAAGAGUUAUAGCAAUAAAAGGACCAGAGUCUAUUUUUGUUUCAAGUCUUUACCUCAUAUGACAAAGUCAGAAGGAAUGCUGGUAAGUUUUGCUCUGGGUACUACUGCAAACCGAUGUAUCCUUUCUCUGUGUCUUCAAUGGAGUAUUAUUUACAGACCUGAAGGAAGCUGGGCUUAACCCCAAGGCUAAGUGUCAAUGUUUCUUGAAUUGAUUCUUUCUGUGGUACAAGUUAACACCUGUGUAUAUCGUAUCUGUAUAUAUCUGAACCAAGUUAUGUGGAGAGGUUGAUAAUAACUAUAUUUACAAAAAAAAAAUUUUUACAAUUAAAGUUCACAUUUUAACAUGA